GCGCCUUCCUUGCCCGUCUCCUCCAGCUCCAGCCUCCAAAAUGGAAUGUCACCGGGACUAUGCCAAGGAGCAGCUGGAGCAUUGGCAGGAGCAGUGCGGCCGCCAGGGGCCACCUGCCUUGACCAGGGCAGCAGGAAUCCCAGUGGGAAACCAUCGGAAUGUCCUGACGGUGGGUCCACGAGGUCCCCUCUUGGUUCAAGAUGUGGUUUACGCUGAACAGAUUACACAUUUUGACCAAGAGAGGAUUCCUGAAAGAGUUGUUCAUGCUAAAGGAGCAGGUGCUUUUGGCUAUUUUGAAGUGACUCAUGAUAUCACCCAAUAUUGUAAAGCAAUCCUAUUUGAGCACAUUGGUAAAAGAACUCCCAUUGCCGCUCGACUUUCUGCUGUUGUUGGUGAAUCAGGUUCAGCUGACACAGUUCGUGAUCCUCGAGGCUUUUCAGUGAAGUUCUAUACAGAAGAUGGUAACUGGGACUUUGUAGGGAACAACACUCCCAUCUUCUUUAUUAGAGAUCCAAUGCUGUUUCCAUCCUUGAUCCAUAGUCAAAAGAGGAAUCCACAGACCCAUCUGAAAGAUGCCAACAUGUCAUGGGACUUCUUCAGUCUUCGCCGUGAGUCUCUGCACCAGGUAUCAUUUCUAUUCAGUGAUCGUGGCAUUCCAGAUGGAUUUCGUCAUAUGCAUGGCUUUGGAUCAAAUACUUUCAAGCUAGUGAAUGCCUGUGGUAAAGCAGUGUACUGCAAAUUCCAUGCAAAGACUGACCAGGGAAUCAAAAAUCUUACUGUUGAAAAAGCAGAAAAACUGGCUUCUAAAGAUCCUGACUAUGGUCUGCGUGAUCUUUACAAUGCUAUUGCUAAUGGAGAUUAUCCAUCAUGGAGUUUCUAUAUUCAAGUCAUGACAUUUGAACAAGCUGAGACAUCACCAUUUAAUCCCUUUGAUGUAACUAAGGUUUGGCCUCACGGGGAUUAUCCUCUCAUUCCUGUGGGAAAGAUUGUUUUAAACAGGAAUCCUGUCAAUUAUUUUGCUGAAGUGGAACAAAUUGCCUUUGACCCAAGCAACAUGCCUCCAGGAAUUGAACCUAGCCCUGAUAAAAUAUUGCAGGGGCGUCUCAUAGCCUAUCAAAACACCCAGAAAUACCGUCUAGGAUCCAAUUAUCUGCAAAUUCCUGUAAAUUGCCCAUACCGAACCCGAGUAGCCAAUUACCAAAGAGAUGGGCAAACGUCCAUAUCUGGCAACCAAGGUGGUGCUCCAAACUAUUAUCCAAACAGUUUUAGUGGCCCUGAGGACUGGCCCUGUUUGGAGGAAUCCUGUGAAAAUAUCUCAGGCGACAUACGGCGCUUCAAUGAUGACAAUGAUGACAAUUUAUCUCAGGUACGGGUCUUCUAUACCAAAGUAUUGACAGAGGAAGAACGUGAAAGACUUUGUGAGAACAUUGCUGGCCUUCUUAAGGAUGCUCAGCUUUUCAUUCAGGAGAGAGCUGUGAAGAAUUUCACUGAUGUUGAUCCUGACUAUGGUGCACGCAUCCAGGCCCACUUGGAUAAACACAAUGCUCAAGACUCCAAAAAGGGUUCAGUACACUGUUACACACAAGCCUCAUCUAAGACUGGAAAGAACUAAUGGCAUGAUCUUGAAAUACCAGUUCUUCUGAUUAGAGCAUUAUCUCAUGAAAUUACAAUCAAUCUAAUUGGAAAAUGAUACAUGCAGUGCCUUAACAAAUGUUUCCAUGUUUUCUGAAAUAUCUUUUAACACCAAGCAGUAAAAUUUUGUUAAGUUCUGCAGAUCAAGCAAAAUAAUUUGUUUUCUAACAAAUCUUUCACUUAUUUAUUAAGGAGAACAUCCAUAAUACUAGGAAGACCUUUAACUGCAGACACCCAGACACUUGGCUGGAUGUCUGCAGUAUUUUUUUCAUGUUCAUAUGCUAGGGAAAAACAACUUUUUAAUUGUAAUACCUCUGCCUGGUGUACUAAUUUACUAUACCCCUUUUAUGUGAAGUAGGCUUAAAACUGAUGAUUCAUUAUUGGAGAUGCAGUCUGUUACAUAACCUGCCAGAUUAGAACCAGCUUUGAAUCAAGCACAUUA